CUGUUUCAAAACGAAAGGCUUAUUAGACAGCCUUUGAUCUAUGCCAGCCUUAGGCCGAACCCCGGAUAUACUCUACGAGCCCUCUCCCAGAACAUUUUCAAGCCUGUUCUGCCUCGACUAACCUUUGCAACACCAUGGCCGGAAGUCGGACCACCGCAACCGAUUUUGGUAGUUUUGGCAGCCUUUCCUUUGUUCAGCUAACGGCUCGCAACGACGUCCUCUGCUAUUUGUUGGUGCAGUUCGAGCGAGACACCGAUUGCAAACCUCGUACCAGGUUAGGCAAAUGUCCCGUAAUGUCUGCCGGAGUCUCCUUACUGAGAAUCGAGUAACUGUAGUAUAAAUAAGGCAUCAGAUCUCAAUGGUCAGACCGUUUUCUUUCUUUU